ACAUUGACAUCAGAUGGCAUUAUGUAUAAUUACAAAUUUCUUGAGUGCUGACCCUUCCACUGCUUUUACAGAACAACAAUCGUCAGUAACUGUCUAUUUCUAGGGAUAGGUGUUGCGAAAUGAAAAUAUUGUGGACUUCCUGAACAUGGAUUUGGGAGUUCAAGAAGCAAGAACAAGUUGCAUAACAUGUCUUCUGGUUAAGAUUAGUAUUCUUAUAAAUGCUGAAAGAUCUUAUUUCUUUAGAUUAACAGCUACUCCUGCAGAAAAUGGAUGCCCAGAUACUCUUCUUUUGGACAGUGUUAAUGCAGUCUAGAUUUCUACAUGAAUCAGGUGCUCAGGAAUUGCAGUUGGUAAACGCAUGGAACAGAUGUGUCGGGAGAGUCGAAGUUUCUUAUGACGGAGUCUGGGGGACUGUUUGUGAUGAUAACUUUGAUAUGACAAACGCACAGGUAGUGUGCAGACAACUUGAAUGUGGAGAGGCAACCACUGUGCUGGGAUGGUCUUAUUUUGGCCAAGGAACUGGAAACACAGUCCUGGAUGAUGUGAACUGCACAGGAACUGAACUCUAUCUCUGGGACUGCCAGCAUUCUGAGUGGUUAACAAGCAACUGUGGGCACAAUGAAGAUGUCAGUGUCAUCUGCUCAGAUGCUGGAGUUCCACCAACAGGGUCAAGCAUUACAGAAACAUCUACUCCAGUCCCCUUCUCUACAUCGAAUAAAGUUCCCAGUAAUUAUACAACACCAAAUGCUGAAGAGUUUGAAACCACCCCCACAGCAAACAAGAAUGAAAUAACAUCUACAACUGAAGUCCCACUGAUAACUUAUCAAGAAAUUCCUGUACUGUCUACGAAGAACAGUGUUACAACAGAGCACCAACCACUGGAAACACCAGCAAGUUCUUUGUCCUUGAGGCUGGUGAAUGGAGCGAACAGGUGCCAGGGCAGAGUUGAGGUCUACUACAACGGGAGCUGGGGCACAGUCUGUGAUGAUGCUUGGGACUUAUAUGAUGCUCAGGUCGUCUGCAGACAGCUUGGCUGUGGAGAAGCCAUUAAAGUAGCAAUAAAUGCCCAGUUUGAUGAAGGCUCUGGCAGCAUCUUCAUGGAUGACAUACAAUGCCAAGGGCAAGAAAGAUCCCUUGAAGAAUGCUCCCACCCAGGUUGGGGAGUCCAUAAUUGUCAACACAAGGAAGACGCCGGUGUAAUCUGUGCAGAAAUGUUUCCAACCACUACGGAGAAUCCUGCUUCCUCUGAAAUUCCUGUACUGUCUACGAAGAACAGUGUUACGACAGAGCACCAGCCAUUGGGAACACCAGCAAGUUCUUUGCCCUUGAGGCUGGUGAAUGGAAACAAUAGGUGCCAGGGCAGAGUUGAGGUCUACUACAACGGGAGCUGGGGCACAGUCUGUGAUGAUGCUUGGGACUUAUAUGAUGCUCAGGUUGUCUGCAGACAGCUCGGCUGUGGAGAAGCCAUUGAUGUUGUGAUAGACGGCCAUUUUGGUGAAGGCUCUGGUAACAUCUUCCUGGAUGACAUACGAUGCCGAGGGCAAGAAAGAUCCCUUGAAGAAUGCUCCCACCCAGGUUGGGGAGUCCAUAAUUGUCAGCACAAGGAAGAUGCUGGUGUAAUCUGCGCAGAAACCCUUCCAUCUACUACAACAUCUGUAGCAUCAACAUUUGUGCCCAGCACUCAAGAGUCCACAACGCUUGCACCCAGCACUCAAGCAUCCACAACGCUUGCACCCAGCACUCGAGAAUCCACAACGCUUGCUCCCAGCACUGAAGCAUCCACAACACUUGUGCCCAGCACUCGAGAAUCCACAACGCUUGCACCCAGCACUCGAGAAUCCACAACGCUUGCUCCCAGCACUGGAGAAACCACAACACUGACACCCAGCACUCGGGAAUCCACAACAUUGGUGCCCAGCACUCGAGAACCCAUUACUUCUGCUAAUUCAAGUGGAACUGUAAGACUCAUCAAUGGAAGACACAGAUGCGAGGGACGGCUUGAAGUAUUAUACUAUGGAAGGUGGGGGACAGUCUGUGAUGACGAGUGGGACAUCAAAGAUGCACGUGUUGUGUGCAGACAGCUUGGAUGUGGAGCUGCUGUCUCAGCAGUGGGAAAAGCUCGGUUUGGCCAGGGUAGAGACAUGAUUUUUCUGGAUGAUAUAUUAUGCACGGGAAAUGAACUCAGCCUAGAACAGUGCAUCCACAGAGGCUGGGGAGUACACAACUGUAUCCACAGAGAAGAUGCUGGUGUCAUUUGUUCAGGAGCAGCCCAGACCACUCCUCCUCCCACAAGACCACCAUUUCCAAUGGAAACGACUGCAUUGAUUGAAGGGGCUGUGAGGCUCGUCAAUGGAAGAAACAGAUGUGAAGGACGGCUUGAAGUAUUUUACAAUGGAGAGUGGGGGACUGUCUGUGACGAUGAGUGGGACAUGAAUGAUGCACGUGUCAUCUGCAGGCAGCUUGGCUGUGGAGAGGCUCUCUCAGCACCUGGAAAUGCCCAGUUUGGUCCAGGCCCAGGCAAAGUUUUUCUAGAUGACGUAGCUUGCAGUGGGAAUGAAUUUCGUCUGACCCAGUGCUCCCACAAUGAGUGGGGGAUAAGUAAUUGCCUGCACAAUGAAGAUGCUGGUGUGGUGUGCUCAGGAACAGCCCAGACCACUCCUCCUCCCACAAGACCACCAUUUCCAAUGGAAACGACUGCAUUGAUUGAUGGAGAUCUGCAACUUGUCAAUGGAAGACAUAGAUGUGAGGGACGGCUUCAGGUGUUUCACAGUGGAAGAUGGGGAACCGUCUGUGAUGAUGACUGGGACAUGAAUGCAGCACGUGUUGCGUGCAGGCAGCUUGGAUGUGGAAAUGCUAUCUCACCAGUGGGGAAAGCACAGUUUGGCCAGGGUAGAGGGGACAUUUUUCUGGAUGAUAUGUCCUGCGUUGGGAACGAACUCCGCUUGGAACAGUGCUCUCACAGAGGCUGGGGAAAUCACAACUGUAACCACAGAGAGGAUGCUGGUGUCAUCUGCUCAGGGUCCACUGGGAUAAUCACUACAGUUGCCCCACCUGAUGAAACACAAUCGGAUCCUGUAAGCCUUUCAUGUCUGCCACAAUACAUGAAGGCAGUUAUUGAAAAAGAAUAUAUUGCUUCAAAGGGCUGCUCUGAGUGCAGGCUGUAUUUGAGUGACUCUACCAAUGCACCUGUCAUUACAAGACAGCAUAUUAUAUUCUAUAUUCCAUAUGAUGACCGUGGGACGAUACAGGAGAAUGAUGGACGGACUAGAAGCUUCACCAAUACUGUCAAGAGCUUAGGAGGUGACAUGCAUCUUGAGUUUCGCUUCACCUGCAUAAUGGAGACAAGGCAAAUGAAAGAAGUAACACACACCGUGAAUGGGUUUGAAUACAAGAAGCGACCAAGUAGACAAUUACAUCUGCAGUUUUUAUUUUAUGAUUCACCUUCCUUUUUGCACCCAUGGAAUAAUUUGCCCUAUUUUAUGGACAUAAAUGAGGGAUCCCUUUUCGAAGUCACUCUUCAGAGCUUUUAUCAAAACCUGAUACUGUUCACAGACACAUGUGUGGCUUCCCCUCGGGCUCAUGACUUCACCACACAGGCAUAUAUCCUAAUAAAGAACGGCUGUGUUCAAGAUCGUACCUACACCAGUUAUUUCACACACAAGAGGAGGGCUCUGCAUUUUAGUUUUAAUCCCUCCAGGCUUUUCAGAAGAUAUUCAGCAUUUUACCUACAGUGCAAAAUGGUGGUGUGUCCUGCUCAUGAUUAUUUUUCACGAUGCUACCAAGGCUGCCUACCUAGGAACAAGAGGGAAGUAAGUUCAGAGGAAGCACAUGCCCAAGUUCUUGGGCCACUUAAGCUUUCAUAGCCUGAAGAUGUGGACCCUAACAUGUGAAUUUAAAAAAAACAAACCCUCUCAAGUACAUUGGGAAAAUUUGUGUGUUGAAUCACUUUGUGGCAUUUCUCUGUUAUCAAAUUGCACAAAUAAAGAGUCAUCAAAGCAGACAGUUCCAUAGAGACAAUGGCACUGUCAAAUGCUAAAAUAUAAGCUUUUCAUCUUGCGUUCUCAUUCCUCUUCUCUGGUGUAUUUUGAUUCUUAUGAAAGAUCUGUAAAAUCUUUUAUUUUUUGACAUUGUUGCAAUUAAUUGGUUCAGUAACUUACCAAAACAAAUAAAGCUAGCUGAAAAAAC